AUGCUCCGAAAUGCGGAAGGAACUUGGUUGACCGAUACACAAGCACUCGAGUCAAUGGCGGUGGAGUAUUAUCGACGUUUAUACUCUCUGGAGGAUGUGGACCAGAUCGUAGAGAAGUUAUCGCCGGAGGGAUUCAUGGAGCUAACGCAGAGGGAGAUUGGAAUACUGAAUGCUCCAUCCACAGAAGAAGAGAUAGCGACUGCAGUGAGAGCUAUGGGCCGUUUCAAAGCACCGGGACCUGAUAGCUAUCGACCGGUGUUUUACCAGAGAUGUUGGGAGGAGGUUGGUGGUUCGGUUACAAGAUUUGUGCUUGAUUUCUUUCGCACAGGAGUUUUGCUGCCAAAUACAAACGAUGCGAUUGUGGUGUUGUUAGCGUGA